AUGUGGAAUGUUGGUACUCUUACAGGAAAGCUGAGGGAGGUAGUGGAUGUGAUGGAGAGGAGGAGGAUAGAUUUUUUGUGUGUGCAGGAGACUAGGUGGAAAGGGAGUAGAACUAGAGAGACAGGAAAUGGGUAUAAGCUCUAUUACAGUGGGUCACGAGAGGGAAGAAAUGGAGUUGGAAUUAUAAUGGGGUACCAAGAGCAAGAGAAAGAAUUAUUUAGACAAGAGUUUGAGGCUGCCAUUAGAAAAGUGAAAGAGGAGGAGAAACUAAUAAUAGCAGCUGAUCUGAAUGGCAGGGAGGGAAAGAGAGGAGAUGGGUAUGAGAGGUACAUGGAGGCCAUGGGUUUGGAAUUAGAAAUGAAGAUGGGGAUUAUUAUUGGAGAUGGCUCAGAGUCUUGA